CGCCAAUAUUACCCUCUCUCUCUCUCUCUCUCUCUCUCUCUCUCUCUCUCUCUCUCUCUCUCUCUCUUUCUCUCUCUAGAGUGGCCGACAUCAUGAACAAAUCGCCGCCGAAGGGGAGAAAUGGGAUGGCGAUGUUCGCGACGGCGCACCGGCCGCCGGGGCUGGCGAGGAACGGGUCCGCGCCGGGGUGGCUCACCGGUGGGGGGGAGUUUCCCAUGGGGAGGUUCUUCUCCGGCGAGUCGCCGUGCCUGACGUCGGAGUCGACCUGCAAGGCCGGCGCCGCCACCUCAUCGGCGAAUCCCGACGCCUACCGGAACAAAGACGGGCGCGGCGUGGGGUCCGGGCUGCAGCGGUCCGACGGCGUGGGAGAGAUCUCGGUCGGCGACCUGCCGCCGCCGACGGCUGCGGCGGAGGAGAAUUCGAGGGGCGGCGGGAAUCCGUUAACUCGGCACAGCAGCUCCCCCGCCGGAUUCUUAUCUCAUCUGAUGGUCGAUGACGGUUUAUCAGUCACAAGGGACACUGGGAGCUAUUCUCAACCAGGAGCAGAUGGUGUUUAUGCCAUGCCAAGCAGAAGAUUUAGCUCCCAAUUGAGCUUCUCUAGACAGGGAACUUUGUCUCAAAUAUCCGAGAUCAGCAUCCCAGACACUGGAGAGAGUGUAAGUGGCAGCAACAACUCCAAUGAGACAUCUAGGAAUGUUGGGCAGUCAUACAUUUCGAGCAAUCUUUCUAUUGGCUCAUGGGAUGAUAUCAAUUCUAUCAUGUUCUCUGCACCUCCAAGCAAACAGGCCAAAAAUCACAAUGGGGACAUAAUAACCAGACUUAGCAGCAUUGAGUCUCAGUUUAGUCUGCCAACAUCGUCAUCAGAGUUCCUCCAGAUCCAACAAGACCAGGCUCCAUUCAAAACCCGAGCUAAGCGUGGAUGUGCCACACACCCACGGAGCGUUGCUGAAAGGGAGAGGAGAACAAGAAUUAGUGAGAAGUUGAAAAAGCUGCAGGAUUUUGUGCCUAACAUGGACAAGCAAACAAACACAGCAGACAUGUUAGACUUGGCAGUUCAGCACAUCAAGUCACUGCAGAGCCAAGUUCAGAUUCUUACCCAAGAACGUGAAAGCUGCAUAUGUGCAAGCAAGCAAGAGAAGAAUUGAAACACCAAACAUGUUUAUGUAUAUCAAGUAUUUUUUGGUUGUUGUCUCUUGUCAGAUGAAAAGGAGGAGAUGCUUGAGAAGUUCUCAUAUGUGUAUUAGCAUUCCCUUGAUCUUUGGCAGUCCAAUAGGCAAUAAUGAAGAGCAGUUUUGUACUUCCAAAAAGCUCUUGCUUCAUUGUGUUGGAGGGUGAUUUGGCCGCAGUGAUCGGCUGGAUCCAAAAGCAUUCUGCAGCUGGAAAUAGACCCUCCUGAUUCUGGACAUUUGGCAGUGUGUGAGGGAGUGCUUUGCCUUCAGGGUGAGUCAUGUUUACCGCGAGGCGAACAGAGUAGUAGACUAGGUUACGUCUUUUGUUACUGAUUAUUCCAAUGAGAUACUGUGGACGGGUGGUAUGGUCGUGCCACCCCCUCUUUGGGAUAUUUUACUUUUGACUCUUGGGGAUGUACUCAUACUAGAUUUGUGUGACUCAUAUGGAUUGUUAAAGAGAUUUUGGAAGGAAAAAAAAAUAGUCUUCACUGCACAGAGAAGUUCAGGUUCCCGGGGGUUUCUCCAGGAUCUAAUAUUUCAUAUUCUAUUGAAGGUUUUAUACUUCUCAGGAUUGUGCUUGGUCAUAUGGAGUUAAAUAGGCUAAAGUUUUUUUUAUUCUUUUAA